AUGCACACCAAGACAAAAAUACACCUUACGGUCGCUUUUGCACUAGCGAUCCUACAAGUCGUUGGGUCAGCUCCUCCCACCGACUGCCCCGACUUACCCCUUGCUUCCGCGGCCGCCCUCGACACGGAAGACAAAUCAGGACGGGUCUACCGCUGGAUCGCAAUCGGCUGCGGCGCGGUCAUCAACAUCAUCAUUGGUGGCUACGCGGGCCUGACCAACAUCCUCGAGACCGAGGGCCGAUGGACCCAACGACUCGAGUUUGUCAAGGACGAGAGCAAAUGGUGGACUGGGAUGAGCACCAUUGUCCUUGUCGCAUUCGCAAUGGACCUGGUGGCCUUCUCGAAGGGCGAGAGCGUGGAUGCGACGAUCUUAUUGCUGGCUGCCGAGGUCGGUAUUGUCAUCUUUAUUUAUGUGGUGCAGGGCACGUUGCAUGCCGAAUUUCGCCAUUUGCUUUGGUUGGCAUGGACGGGGAACAGUCGGACUGGGUGUGGGGGUUUGGAGGCGGCUAUGAUGACGGGUCUUAUUACUGAUAGACAGAGGUUGAGUUUGAUGACCAUGACGGAGAAACGGCAACGGCAGCAACCGGUCGCUCAGUUCGAGUCCAGUGUCGAUAUACCAGGCUACGGUGCUGUGCUCUCGCCCAAGAUAAAGCAGGACCUCGUCGCCGUCCUCAAGCAUAGAGCAGAGAACAUGACAACCACAGGAAACGACCAUAAAACAGCCCCCGAGGUUGUCGCCGAGAUUUUCACCGAGAUUGGAUCCACUCCAUCUGCCAAGAAAUUUAUCUACCCACCACAUCAAGUUGACCAGACAAAAAUGAGCAUCCUGUGGGGAGGUAGGAACUGCGGUCUAUUCUCGCCACGAGUCUCCAGAGGCAUUACGGGAUAUACACUGGACAGGAUUCGGUCGUCGUAUUCGCUCGUGAACGUUGACGAGUCGAAAUGGAUGUUUGUCGCUGGUGGUAUCGUCGCACGGAACAAAGGGUUGAAUCCUGCGAGAAUGAUCUGUGGCCUGACAAUAACCACUGAAGGAGCCACAGGAGGAGGAAGAGGAGGAGGAGAAAAAGAAGGAGGAGUUUCGACGGCGGCUGUCAGGACAACCGUCCCCGAAGCAGCAGCGACAGCAACGACGACCCUAAACAUCAAGCUGAUUGACGAGGUCGAGACAACCUCCAAAUGGCGACCCCGCCAGGCGAAGUCGAGCAGGAGUCGAUACGCUCAAGAGUCCAACGCCCAAUUCUCAGGGCUCGGUCAACCGUUCUGUACUUCAGUCGUCGAGAUUGCGCUGUUGAUGCAAGACAUCCCGAACCGUAUCGUCGUCAAAGCGCUUCUGGCAAACGUCGAACAACAGUCGUGCGAAAAGAUGUGGAGGAUCCAGGCCCUCUUCGAUAGUGACAGCAGCAGCAACAGUAGCAGCAUCGUCAUUCAGGACGCGAUGUAUGUAUGCCAGUACAUGACAUUCUGCGCCAAGCUCAACUGGUACGGCAAGAACGACGAGAGACCGGAUCUGAUUAUGGGUCUGUUGUACGCGUCUUUCAAGAACUUGGACUGGGCUAUUGGCCACGCGGACGAGGGACAAUUAUCGAUUAUUCUGAGGGAGGAGCUGAGGGGGCUGGACCUUGGAGUGAUGGGUGAAAAGACCGUCAACAUCCUCGUCUGUCUUGGGGCGUACCUGGGAAUCGAGGCAACCCUUCGCCAACGAGUCAUAGAUAACUUGUUCAGCAAGUUCGCCACCGACGGUGCCGUUCAGAUAGUGCUUUCCGAGGGCACAACCUCGAGUACGGUGCAGACAUCUAACGCGGUACAUUUAUAUAUCUAG